UGUAACCUUUCACAACGAAAAUGUUAUUAACAACGACCAUAUGGUCUAUACGCCUGUGUUAUAUUACAAUUCUAUCGCAAUACAGAGUUUUCAGUACAAUUGACGUUAACGCGAACGAGUUAGAAUAUUUGGCUGCACGUCUGAAUCCUUUCGAAUGUCGAAGAUUAAUCGCUGCUCUUCAUUACACGACGUACGAAUUACCAAAUAAUCUAGCAGAAGCUGAACGAAAUGUAGACGAUGACAUACCUUGUAUUCGACACCUGAUCCAUUGGAACAGUUCUCCCUCCGAGGGUAAAGGAAAAACGCACGAAGCAUUAACGCACAGAUUACGUCAAAUAAAUCGCGACGACUUAGCUGAUUGGUUGGGUAAAUCCACCUUCACACAACUGGGGAAAGAUCUCAGUAGAGUAGUAGAAAAAUCCUUUGAUGAACUCGCUAAAGAGGAAAGCGAACCUUCGUCUCCAAUCACUUUAGCACCCAAGAGUCACGUUGACGAAGACCCCUGGUUAGAAAUUGACACCGUUCUCCUGGCAGUAGUACUUGGUCUAUCGGGAACGUUGUUAAUAUUAAUAUGUGCUAUGAUCCUUCAUCGAAUACGGAAUUAUUUUCGUCAUAAAUACAAGUUCGGAAACCAUGUAACUUAUUACAUUGUAAAAUGUUUACAAUAUUAUAGAAAUUUAUAAUCUC